AAUCUUCUCUCUUUCUCCCAGCCCAGGGAGAUCUCUCCACUCCGAGCCCCCCUCUCGCCUCUCCCCCCUCUUCUCGAACCCUAGGGUUUCCCGAAUUCUAUCGGGCCAUCCCGAUCGGUUAGCUCUUCCUGGAACUUUCUCGAUUUCUAUUCCGAUCUGUGCGAGAACGAGGAUUCUCGAUUGGAUUGACGUCUCGAAAUGAUCGGCUCCGGCUGCCGGUUGUUCGAUUCGAAUCGACUAGGUUUUGACUCUGAUGAUUGAUUCCUGAGCAGGAAUUGAUUGGAAGAGCGCCGAUUGAUCGAUCGAUCUCUCCCGAGCUAGGAUUUCUUCGCCGGAGAUGGAGCAGGAAAGCCAGAAGAGGGAGGCUGAGGAGACCGAGUUCCAAACCCCCAACAUCCCAACCCUCUGCGCCAACAACUGCGGCUUCUUUGGAAGCCCGGCGACCAACAAUCUCUGCUCCAAAUGCUACAAAGACUACUUCCUGAGCAAGUCCAAGGCUUCGAUCGAGACCUUGCUGGUUCCGCCGCCGGUGGAGGCCAAGAAGGUCGAGAAGAAGUCCGCGGGAGGCGAUGGAGAGGCCAAAGAUGGGAGCUUUACUGAGGAGGGGGCUCCGUCGGGAGGAGCUCCGGUGAAGAAGCCCCCGAAUCGGUGCAGCUUCUGCAACAAGAAGGUCGGGUUGAUGGGGUUCAAGUGCCGCUGUGGGGAGGUGUUCUGCUCGGUUCACCGAUACUCUGAUAAGCACGACUGCGCCUUUGAUUACAGGGGAGCUGGGCAGGAUGCGAUUGCUAAGGCGAACCCGGUUGUGAAGGCCGACAAGGUCGAGAAGAUCUGACGGGAGAGCACCCGGAUGUGGAACAUCGGUAUGUCCCUGGAAAAAUUAUGGUGAUAUCUCUGGAGAAUAAAUGUUUAGGUCCUCUCUCUAUUUGAUUCCAUUUGUCGCUGGGGUUUGUAUAGUAGGGUUCUAUCUAGGAGUUGGAUUGGGAGCUUUUGGUUACAUAAUUUAAAGCUAUAUGUACUCAACUUGGCCAUAUAUAUCUUUAGGUGUUCCUGCUUAUGCCA